UGUGGGAGCGCAUGUGUCCUUAUUGGUUUGUGGGUCCAUUUAAGACUAAGAGCAGCAUUAGGUUCAGCUUGUGUGCCACCGGGGGCGAGUCACUGGUCUAUAUUUACCAACUUAAAAAUGAAAGAGCAUUGUGUCGUCUGCAUACUUGGCACCAAAAGACACUUUGUGUGCAGGGUCACCUUGUUGCUUCAUCGAGAGACGCAAAGGACAGAAGGAAGUGGACGUGAAAAGACGGAGAGGUAGUACACAGAGCUAGGCCAAUCAGACUAAACAUCUUCAAGGUGAGACACAGACAGAAAAGGAAGUGGGAUAUAUCCGUCCUACAUUUCUGAAACCCAGAGGACUUCACCAGUUUGUUUUUGUGAAGAGUGCCAGUUGGGGUAGGUUACUAUGGAAACCAAGAUGGUGAUGCACAGAGAGCAGGAGGAGCAGUCGUCCCAAAUGCGUCAAAGCAUGCAGCUGUCCUCGCAGAAAAAGAAGAGGACGUUCGCUUCCAGUGAUGAUGACGGCGCCUCCUACUCCGAUUUCCAUCCCAUCAUACCAGCAGAUCUGAUGUCUGUUAAAGAGAUCCUCAACAUAAGCAACUUCCCUCGCCAUAGGACUUGGGAAAUCCUCCAGGAAACUAUGACUGCUGAUGAAGAGCAUCACAGAGAAUCGUGGAAAAUGUUUGGGAAUGAGGUUGAGAAAGUGGAGCUGGAUGUGAUUAGAAACCAGCAGAUACUGCGAACUCGUGUUGACAAAAUGGAUCUUCGCAGGCAGGCUCAAAAGAAGGCAACUCAACAGAUGACGUAUCUGGAGCGACUGAGUCAAAGGAGUCCAGACUUUCCAGUCCCUCUGAGGGCUCACACAGUCUGGGAGGGGAUGACAGUGAAACUCUCCUGCACUGUCCAGGGCUGCCCACCUCCAAAGGUUGAAUGGUACAAGAAUGGGAAGCCUCUCAUAAUGGCCGACCUACCAUGGAAGUACAGUUUCCAGCAAAGCUAUGGUCUUAAUUUCCUAGAGAUCAGAAGGUGCUCUCCUGAUGAUGCUGCCGAUUACAAAGCGAUAGCCAGGAAUCCCUUGGGGGAAGCUAUGACCUUUGGAACACUAGUGGUGAACUCAUAUCACGGAGCGCUGGCUGGUUCAGAGCACUCGCAGACCACCGCUGUGCAGCUGCAACCAGAAGCCCAGUUUGACACCACCUUCACUCCAACCUGGGCUAAAGAAGGCUCCAGCUUCACCUUGCAUUGCACCUUCACCUCCCCUUUACUGCCCUUCCAGCAGGAUGUCAGCUGGUUCAGAGAUGGUGUACAGCUGCAUCAGUCCAGCACCACGGAUAUUAAAACAUGUGACAACAAGGCCACCAUCACUAUAAAAGCUGCACACAAGGAGCAUGAGGGGGUUUAUACAGCCAAGCUGAGGACCCAGGAUGGAGUCCAAGAACACAAGUCCUUUGUCUACAUUGAAGAUGCGUCCGCUGCAGCGUUGGGCAGUCCUGCGUCUCCUCUGGCCGUGCAGGUGUCUGAUGUUAACAGAGACUACGUCUUCCUGACCUGGCAGCCGCCCAGCGCAGAUGGAGCAUCACCUAUCCAGGGUUACAUUGUGGAAAGAUGUGAACAGGGUCAGGAUGAGUGGGUGCGCUGCAAUGUGCAUAUUCAAAAGAUGUGCCACUUCCCGGUGUUUGGGAUGAAGGAGAAAACUUUGUAUCAGUUCAGAGUUCGUGCUGUGAACCAAGCCGGGGCAGGACGCCCAUCCAAAGCCACGGAGGCCGUCCUGACCGGAGAUCCUCUGGAGCACACCAGGACGACGGUGGUCCAAGUGGGCAGAGGAAAGGCCAUCACCAUCACCAAAGACGAACUGGAAGGUCAGAUAAGAGUUCCUUUUCCUCCCACCGAUGUCCAUGCCUGCGAGGUGAGCGACUCCUACGUAGUGCUGCGGUGGACCGAGCCUGAGCCCCGAGGCAGAGAACCGCUGACCUUCUAUGUGGAGCAGUCCUUGGCAGGGCAGAAAAGCUGGGGCCUGGCCAGCCUGGACAUGGUGGUGAGCUCUCCGAGGUUCCCCGUGUUUGGCCUGGCGAAGGAGAAGCAGUACUGCUUCAGAGUGCGCUCCGUCAACAAGUACGGCGUCAGCGACCCCUCUGAACCGAGCGCGCCCGUCUCCCUCGCAAAACCACAAGCUGUGCCGGCUCCGCCUCACUCAGUAAUUGCCAUCAGAGACACUGACACCUCUGUGCUGCUGCAGUGGGAGGAACCCGCAGACAAAGAUGGCAUCCUGGGAUAUUAUCUCUACUACAGUGAAACUGCUAAACAGGACUGGAAGACCGUUAACAACAAGCCUGUGGUUAAAACCAGGUUUACAGUCCAUGGCCUGAAGACUCGCAGGGAAUAUGUGUUCAGGGUGAAGUCUGUAAACCGAGCUGGAAACAGCAGAUAUUCAGAUGAGUCUGGCCCCAUCAUGGUCAAAUCAGCGAUUAAUGUUCCCUCUGCUCCCUCAGCCAUUUGCCUGCUGUUGUGCACUGGAUCAGAGAUGGUGCUGGGCUGGAGGGCUCCUUCCUGUAAGGGAGGAAAUCCUGUUCAGGGAUACUACCUGGAUCAGAGAGAGAAGGGCAUGGAAACCUGGCGGGAGGUCAAUGUCAAACCAGCCAAAAAACGGCAGUUUAAGGUUUCCAACUUGACACAAGGACAUUUCUACCAGUUCCGUGUUUUUGCUGCCAACCACGCUGGCGUGGGGAAACCGUCUGAUGCUAGUGAGGCUUUCCUAUGUGAGAAAUGGACGAUGCCACAACCAGGUUGCCCUUAUGACCUGGAGAUCAGGGAGGUGAGAAACGGCUCUUUGGUGCUGCUGUGGGCAACUCCGCUGUAUGAAGGCCAGGGCCCUGUCACUGGCUAUUUGCUGGAAAUCAGUCAGGGUGACCAGUCAAAGGACUGGACUUCUGUGAAUAAAAAAACAAUCUCUGAUACGCAUUAUAAGGUGGCAGGUCUUCAGGCUGGUGAGACUUAUCGCCUCCGCGUCUCUGCCGUUAAUCAGUGUGGAGUGGGCCGUGCUUCUCUGCCCUCCGAGCCUGUCACCGUUCAGACUCGACCCGGAACCAAAGACAUUGAGAUCGGAGUGGAUGAUGAUGGCUUUAUCUUCCUGGGCUACGAGGCCUCUGAGAUAAACAGCGAGAGCGAGUUCAUCUGGAGCAGAAACUACACCGACCCGACUGAUGCUACCAGACUGAAAACAGAAACCAAGAACAAUCGGUCGGUUCUCACCUUCAGAGACCCGUCAGUGGAGGAUCUGGGGCUCUAUACUGUGGAAAUGAGCGAUAACCCCCACCUGUCAUCCAGCUACGAUUUCACAGCUGAAGACCUUGAACAGCUUAAAGAACUCAGCUGGCAAGUCAGAAAUCCAUUGAUAGCCUUAAAGUCCGGCUGGGAGGUGGAAGUCUCAGAGAAAGGCGGCGUUCGUCUCUGGCUGCAGACAGAGAGUCUUAGCAACGCUGCUGAGCUGCGUCUCAUCUGCAACGACCACGAAAUCUCCGGCACUCCGCACCGUAAAAUCAACUUUGACAAGGCCAAAGGUCUGUUGGAGAUACUGUUUGAUCAGCUCUCUCAGGAGGAUAAGGGCUCGUACACGGCUCAGCUGAGGGACGGCCGGGCCAAGAACCAGUUCACGUUGCUCUUAGUGGAUCAAAAGUUCAGACAGACGCUGGCCUUGGCUGAGGCAAAUCGGCGGGACAUACAGAGGAAGGCUGGACCAUAUUUCCAGGAAUUCCUGACAUGGAGUGUGAAUGAGGAUUGUGAGCUUAUUAUAAAAUGCAAGUUGACAAACAUGAAAAAGGAGACCUCUUUAAAGUGGUUUAAGGAUGGCGUGGAAAUCCCACAGGCUGAAUAUGACCUGUCGUCUGGGGUCAGCUCACUCACUGUUCCACAGGUCACGCAGAAAGAGGCUGGUUCCUACAGAGCGGUGGUGUGUGACGGAAGAGGAGAAGAUGUCAGCACUUUGGAGUUACUGGAUGCUGAGUACUGCAAGCUUCUGCAGCAGCUGAGUAAACACUGUGCGUUGUCUGCUGGUCCGCUGAGGAUUCAGAGCUCCACGGAAGGUUUUAAGCUCCACUGCUCUUUCAGAUACUACACGAGCUUCCUGAAACCCAGCUGGCACUUCAAUGAAACGAAUAUUGACCAGGAAACCAGAUCCAAGCCUGGCAGCAGCAUGAAGAGUGUCUGGAUUGAAAUCCUGAACCCAACAGAGAAAGAUAAAGGCAAAUACACCUUAGAAAUGUUUGACGGAAAAGAGACGCACAAACGAACGCUGGAACUUUCAGAAGAUGCUUUUGCUGAAGCCCUGCGGGAACACCAGAGGUUGAAGCAACUGGUCGUUGUUGAGAAAAAUCGAGCCAAAGUGACCAAAGGUCUUCCUGAUGUGGUAGCCAUCAUGGAGGGGAAGUCUCUGUGCCUCACGUGCUUCAUCGAUGGAGAACCGGCUCCAGAGAUCUUCUGGCUCCGAAACGAUCGGGAAAUCUUGGACCAGACCCAGUUUACCAUCACCAAGGAGCCCAAACGCAGCUCCAUCACAGUCAACGAGGUCCACAUGGAAGAUUCUGGAAAGUACAGCAUUUUUGUGCGCAACCAGUAUGGAUCGGAAACGGUUGACGUAACCGUGAGUGUAUACAGACAUGGGGAUAAGCCUCCAGCCAAUGCUGUGGAGAUGGGUUAAGACAGCAGAGUGGGAGUGUCUGAGACAUGACUCACUAUUAAAAGUGAAAUAUUAAAAUAAGAAAUCAGUUUUUGCUUGAAAUAAAUAUAUUACUCUACAUAGUCCUUAGUUUAAUUUAUUUAGUUAUACAAUAAAAUUUCAAAUUGUUCUGGGAUUUGAAAUCGUUUGUUAGAAACAGAAGUAGUUGUGUAACUGGAUGUUUGCUCACAUAAGUAUGGAUAAACUAGCCAGUCUAAUAUAAGCAUUAGCUGCAAUACUCCCUUAGCAAAAUUAGUCUAUUACAGUGUUCCACAUGUAUACUUAUUCUAUACUAAAAGUGAGGCAGUAUACUUAAAGUUAACUUUUUAUAUACUAUCUAUACACUGAAAACCUCAAAUGUUUUGUCUGAAGUAUUCAGUUGGUAUACUUUCCACACAAUACAUACAUGGUCUAACAAUACAUACUUAAGUAUACUUCAAGCGUACUUUUAGCAAAAGGUUCGCUCUAAAAAGGCGUAUUGACAUAUAAAGUUCUUGAAAUGCCGCUAUUGCAUGAAGUGUCUGUAUUUGAUUCUUCAGCAACAUGGUCUAACUUCAGGUGCUUCCUGUUGCAAACCAAAGAUGGCUAAAACUGUCAACUGCGUGCUGUGAAUAAAAGACAUUCUUGGUCA